CCCCGAGAAGGCAGAAGGAAGAGGGAUUCUCUCCGCCCGCCCUCCUUCGCCAGCACUGGUCCAAUCUUUUCCACCCCCUCCCCCCGCAAUGAGGGAGGGGAGUGGAAAGCGGUGGAGGAGGAAGGGGGGGCAGACGCGAGUAAGCGGAGCGAGAAGCAGUGAGGCGCCGGGGAGAGUGGAGGAGACGAUGCCUCGGCUCCUCGGGAAAACCGGACUCCUCCUCCGCUUUGUCCUGCUCACGCAGCUGCUCCCUGCCGGCAGGGCUCUGCCCCUGGGAAAGCUCCGAGGACCCGAAGCCGGCCCCCCGGGGCCCCGGGACCGCAGCCACUCGGAGCCAGCAGAGGUUGCUACCUCACCUAGUCCCAUGUUACCCCCGGAAGAGGAAGCGCCAUUGUCCUCCCAGACCAGGAACCGAGCUGGGCUACGACAACAUAAGCGCCGUGGCAUAUCCCAGUUUGUGACCCCAACCCAUCAAGGCCCAAGGGAUGUUGAAUCCCCUACUACACAGGAAACUUCUCCCUUCUUAUUGGAACUGCAGAGCCUUCCAGGAUUGGCUGAUGUAGAUCUCAGUGCCCAAAACCCCAAUAUCCAGGUGACCAUUGAGGUGGUAGAUGACCUGCAGGCUGAGAUGGAGAUGGACUUGUUGACAGAAACCAGUGAUUACUGGUCCUUGGGCUCCCCCAGCUGGCUCCCUGCCCAAGAGCUCUUCUGGCCUCUGUUCUGGGGCUAUACAGAGGGUGAGGAGGGAGGAUCUGGGCCCCAGCCUGAGGGGAAAGCCCUCAGAGAGGAAGAGGGGAAGGAGGACAGUGAGGAAGACUAUGCCACAGAGUAUGAGGAGGAAGAGGAGGAAGACGAAGAGCCCGUGCUGAGUGGAGUGGAAAGCAGCUGGAAUCAGAGAUGGCCGACACCAAAGACCUGGGAUUUCAUGGAGAAAUAUAACUAUGAUUAUGAGGUGGAAGAAGAAUGGAGCCCCUGGUCCUCUUGCAGUGUCACCUGCAGCAGCGGUACCCAGAAAAGGACCCGCUCCUGUGGCUACGCCUGCACAGCCACAGAGUCUCGAAUGUGUGAAUUGCCUCGAUGCCCUGGAACAGAAAGCAAGAUGGGCUUUCCCAGUGAGGAUUGGUUGCCUGAAGUACACAAUGACACUCAAAUGCUGGGCUCAGAUGUAGAUAGCUGUGAAAAGUGGCUGAACUGCAAGAGUGACUUCCUGGCUAAAUACAUGAGCAAGAUGCUGACCGACCUGCCCAGCUGCCCCUGUGCUUACCCUCUGGAGGCCGUGUACAGUGCCGUGAGCCUUCCAGAUGAGCAACAAGGCAGGAGCUUCCGCUGGAGGGAUGCGAGCGGCCCCAAGGAACGCCUGGACGUCUACCAGCCCACUGCCCGCUUCUGCCUGCGCUCCCUCCUCUCUUUAGACAGUACCACGCUGGCUGCCCAGCACUGCUGCUAUGAUGAGGGCAGCCGGCUGCUGACUCGGGGUAAGGGGGCUGGCGCCCCGGACCUCAUCAGCACAGACUUCUCCCCAGAGCUGCACUUCAAGGUGGACACACUGCCUUGGAUCCUGUGCAAAGGGGACUGGAGCCGCUAUCAUGCGGCGCGGCCCCCAAACAACGGGCGAGCCUGUGCUGACAACCCACCCGAGGAGGAAUACCUGGCCCAGCUGCAGGAGGCCAAAGAGUAUUAACCAAAGGAUCAGGGAGGCCCAAAUGUGGAGGAUGGAAAGGAGGCUUGGCUUGGUCUCUGGUGGCUGGGCCAGAGCAGUGAGUGGGGUCCCGUUGGCUGCUCCCUAGGAAUAUCUGGAAAAGGGCAGGGUAAGAACACCUCAUAAUUGGAGUAUCUGUACCAAGCUGCUCAAUGGGGGAGGGUUUUUCUGGGCGUCUCUGACCCUUGCACUUUUUCUCCCAGUUUAGUGGCGUGAGAAGUCUCCUUUCUUGUUUGUAAUAUGAAAGCUGAAGAGAGAGAGAGAGUGUGUGUGUGUGUGUGUGUGUGAAUGAAAAGUUGGUCUUAGAUGUGCGUGCGUGUGUGUGUGUGUGUGUGUGUGUGAGAGUGAAUGAAAAGUUGGUCUUAGAUCAGCAUAUUUUUGGAUUCGUGGUGGAGAAAAGAGAAGCAUGUCAUUCAGAAAGCCCUUAAUAGCCCUGUGAAUUCAACUCUCCCAUUCCCAAUCUCUCUCUCUUGCCCCACUUCAAGGAGACUUUUGUUGUCUUCUCAGUCCCCGGUUUCUGUGCCCUCAUCAUCCUGGUUCGGAUACAAGUGUUGCUACGGCCAUCCAGCUAACCUCCAGUUUCUUGGAGAGAAGGGUUGGGAACUUAAGAUUUGCUGAAUGGAUCUUAGGACAGGCUCAGCUGAGCUAGAGAAAAGCACCUUCAUCGCCAGUGACUCUCUGAGGAUCUGGGGAAUCAGUGAGGGCCAGUGGAGAACGGGUAACUGGAGGACUCCAUCCCUGUCCGCCCUGUGUCUUCUCUCUCUCCUUUUUGAGGUGUCUGAGCAAAUCUGGAACAGUUAGUUGGGGUGUGGCCAGCUCUGCAUUAGGGACACUUACCCUCUUCCACCUCUCCCCAAGAGUCUGGCUGGGUAGCUCAGUGCCAUCGCCCUCCCAUAGACCAGACACUUACAUCUGGUGUUUGGGGGUAAUGUUGGGUGGGCAUCUGAAAGGAAGAUGCCAGACAUCAUCCGUCAGUCCUUAGAAUAUAUUCAUCAACUGGGAUAUAUUGGAAUAUAUUCAUCAACUGCCCACUUGUAUCAAUAGUUCCUGCAUCAAAGCAGUCCUACAAAGGCAUUAAGGAUUGAAGCAGGUGUAUGGUUCUUGACAUGUUGGGAUGAAGAAAUUUGAUAAGAAUUAUGUUGAUUAGUUAGGGCUUAGGGGAAUGGAAACCCUCCAGGAAGAAGAGAAGAGAAAGUUCAUGCUGAUCCCAACCCUUGCUCCCAUCGUACUGAUAUAUUCCACUCCCCACCCCCACAGUGGAAAUGAGAAGGCCUGAGUGAGAAUGUGAUUUGAUGUCAGAACAGGGCAGGAUUGAAAAAGGAUAGGUUUUAUAGUUACAAAAUCUGUGAUGGGGGCUAUAGCUGAUGAGGAAUGGCAUAAGAAUCUCUACACCAUACCUAUCCCCCUUCCCUCAUCCAGGAGACUUUCAUUUCCAGUUAUCUUACUCCAGCUUUUGGUGCCCUUUUUUUCCAUCCUGGAUUUACAAUAUCUUAUUAGGAGUUAACUUGCUUUAGUUCCAACUAUCAUUUGUCACCAAGUUCUUUGGAGGGUUGGAAAGAGGGCAAAGGAGAUUCAGCGAGCUGCAAUGGGAUUUUUGUGGAUCUUCAGCAAUAAAGCACUUUAUUUGAAACCACUUCCUGAUAAAGCAGGGAGCAGUGGGAGGAAUACAAGGGUGGUUGAAAUGAAUUUGAACAGCUGAGGGUCUGUCUGGUUAAGGCUCUCAGGAGGGCACUAAAAAGAAGCUCUCCUCAUUAAGGAUCACCUAUUAGGCUUGGGAUUCAUCUUCCAGAGAGCUAUGACCAGGGUGGGACAAUCCAAAGGCCACUGGCUUGUCGGCUCCUGAAACCCUUUUUGUACUUUAACAGGCAGGCAUGGGGGGACGCCAGAUCAUCAAGCAUUUAGCAAUUUCAUCAAAAUCUGGCUUAAAAAAGUACUUCUUUCUUUCUAUACUCAUGCAUUUGAAUCUUGCAAACGUGCAAAUUAAUUUACUUUGUUGCAUUAGAGAGUGCUUACCCAGGACAGCAAUGACACUUGCCUGGAGUACCCUCAGUCUUCUCAGCUGCUCCUACACCUGCUGCAGCUUAGCUGGGGUGAGAGGAAGGAAUGUUGGCUGUCAGGGCUUCCACUGGCCCUGUAAUAUGACCUACAAAGUGCCAGUCCAGAUAUGUUUGCAUUGCCUCUCUGAACUCUUCCAGAAGAUCCUGUGAGAACUUUCUGUCAUCUCGGACUGAUAAUGGGAACCCGUAUCCUGUGGCCUGUCUUUCUUUUUUCCACUUGAAAGUGGACAAUUCAUCUGGCUACUAAAUUUUGAGCCUGGCCCCUUUGUCCAAGGCAGAUUUAUAGAGGGCUGCUCUGGAAGCCAAAGGAUGUACUCCUAUUUAUGUAGGGGGUAGCUGCCCCCACUUCAUAGAUCCUCUUAUUGUAGAAGGGCCCACUAGUAAUAACUACCAUUUAUAUAGCACUUACUAUGUGCCAUGCACUGUACUAAGCACUUUAUAAUGAUCUCAUUUAAUUUUAAAAACAACCCUGGUGCUAAUUUUAUGUCCCCUUUAUCAAUGAGGAAACUGAGGCAAACAGAGACCAAGUGAUUUGCCCAAUGUCUUACAGCCAGCAGAUGUCUGAAGCCGACUUUGAACACAAAUUUUAUUGACUCCAGGACCUGGGUUCUUUCUCUCCACUGUACUACCUAGACCCCAGGAAAAGACCAGUUAGACGUUGCAAGAUCUUCCCUGCCCUCUUUUAUGGGAUAAAUCACAGCAUUACAGGAAGAAGCCUUGAAGAUCAUCCCUCAUCAUAUAGUGAGAAAACAAAAGCCCAGAAAGGAAACGUGGUCUGUCUUGUCAUUGGGUGACUGAAUAGCAGCAGAACUAGGUUAGAACUCUGGGUUCCAGACUCCAAUGCUAGCAGUCUUUCCUCUGUACAUUAUCUCCUAACUCAUGGUGCUUGGGGAGAUUGUACAGCCAGGAGUACAUUACAGUCUCUGAAGAAUUGGAGUUGAGCAUCAUCCCAAGGACCAGGUAGAGACCUGCCCCAGGCUCUUAAACAGGCUGCCAAUGUACUUCAAACAAGUCCAUUUUGAAGGUGAUGAUAUCAAAGACAUAUGUAAUAGAAAAAGAUGUGCUAGUUGUGUGAUGAGAGGGAGUCAUAAUGGCCCAUGGUACCAAGAUGGCAAGAGAAUUCGAGUGACCCAGCACGUCGGGUAGGAUUGCAUUGUUAAGGAUUGAUCAGAGAUAAGCAGACAUGGAUUAGUCGUGAUAUAUGUCACUGGAGGGCAUAUCAAUGAGAUUUCAGAAUCGUUUUAGAGUUGGUGGUUGGAGAAGGAAACAGGAGGAUAAAUUGGAAAGUGAUAAUAAAGGAAGAUGUAUUCUUCAAUCAUCAAGGGUCGUCCUCUGUAGUUUUGUUUGGCCAGAUACCUUCUCACUCCAGUCUAUAUUUGUGCACAUUGCACAAGAUCGCUGAAAGGUGACUCCCGCAUUUGUUUGUUUUUUGUCUCACAAACCUGGCAACAUUAGCAACAAACACAUUUUAGAUUUUAGUUAGUACCUCCUGUUAUAAUCGAUUUGCAACACUGUCCUAUAAAAUGAAAGACUAUUCCAUUA